CGUUUUAUUAUUAUUAUUCAAACGAUGCAAAAAGAAAAGACAGACUUGGAUGCUCCUCAAUAUGAAGAUGGCGAGGUCAAUAGCAUUCAUGAAUUACAAAUAAAACCCGAAGUCGAAAAGAAGCUUGUUCGUACGCUUGAUUAUCGCCUUAUGAUAUGGGCUUUCUUUGGCUAUUUUGCCAAUGGUUUAGAUCGAAACAAUAUGCCAAAUGCUCAAACAACAGGUCUUAGUGAAGACUUGAAUUUGGUGAGCAAUCAAUACAAUUGGGCUUUGACCAUGUUCUUCAUUGGUUAUAUCGUCUUACAAAUUCCUGCCAAUUACAUCAUUACUAAGGUACGCCCUAGUAUCAUGUUGCCUUUGAUUGUGUUCACCUGGGGUGCUGUUGUUUGCUUUAUGUCUCUUGUCAAAAACUACCAAGGUCUUUAUGGUUUGCGUCUUUGUCUUGGUCUCUGUGAAGCUGGUUUCUAUCCUGGUAUUGUCUUCUUAAUCGGUUCUUGGUAUACCAAAGAAGAACUCGGUACUCGUACCUGUGUCUUUGUUGCUGGUUCUCAAAUCUCAGGUGCCUUCAGUGGUCUUAUUUCAGGUGCUAUUGCUCAAGGACUUGAUGGUAUAAAUGGCAUGCGUGGCUGGAAAUGGUUAUUUAUCAUUGAAGGUCUGAUUGCUGUCGUGAUUGGCAUUGUUGGUUUCUUUGUGAUUCCUGAUUUCCCUCACAACACUCGUUUUAUUCAAGGUGAAAUGCGUGAAGUGGCUAUGAUCCGUCUUGAACGUCAAGGUCGUAGUAGCAGUGUCUCCGGUUUGAAUAUGACCACGUUCCGCAACUUGUUUACCACUCCUUUCAUUUACUUGUUCCUCUGUAUGUUUAUCUGUAUGCAGAUGGGUAUGGGUAUCUUGCAAAACUUUGUUAUCAUUCUCAAAGACAUUGGUUACUCUUCCUCUAUGGCCAAUUAUUUGAUGGUUCCUAUCUGGGUCUGGGUUGGCGUUGUUGUGAUUGCUCAAGGUUAUCUUUCUGACAAGUACAGUCACCGUGCUUAUCACAUCUUGGGUGGUUCCUUGUUUACUUUGGUCUGGUACAUUGUUCUUGUUGCUGUCAAUGGCGGUAACUUGCCCACACCUCUCUUGUUUGUCUGUGCUUACAUGGUUGUCCCUAUCUAUGGUGUCUCUCCUAUCAUGAUGACCUGGGUCAAUGAAACUUAUGCUGUUGACAGAGAAUCCCGUGCUCUAGCUAUUGCUAUUAUCAACUCACUUGGUAACUUGGUUCCUAACUUUGUGAAUGUCAAAGUCUGGAGUAUUGUAGAUGCUCCCGCUUUCCGCUUGGGUAAAAUCGUGACCAUGUGUCUUACUGCUCUUAUUGUUGUUCUUUGCUUGACUGCCUUCUUUUUGCAACGCAACAAAAUUUUGGUUCCCAAAGCUCCUCAACGUGUCAUUGAUGAAGAGAUGGAUAACAAAAAGACUCAUAUUGUUCAAGAAGAUGAGUUUUAAUCCGUGUACUAUAUAGCUUUUUUUUCUAUGAAUCUUUUGAAAGGAUUCUUAUUGUGUAUUUUUAGUUUUUUGUAUAUCUAUUUUAAUAAAUCUCCCCUCUUCUUAUUUACA